GCGUUUCCAAGUGGAGGCUUACUUACAAAUUUGUUAAUACCAUUUCUCAAGGACGAAAUUAAGGUAAUAUGGGAGAUGCAAGUGAUCGUUCUUGUUACGAAAACAUUCCGCAGAUGUUAACUUUACUUUAUACCUCAUAUGGAUACAAAGAAUCGGCAGAAUCAGCUUUGGGGAUAUUGUACACGCUGAUCGGAAUGGCAGCGGUAUUUGGGAAUGCCUGUGCUCUAUAUUACUUCCUCACGAUUGAUAAAAAGAGCAGAUUCACAGCAAGCAGAAUAUUUUACACCGCAUUUGCGGCAACGGACCUGAUGAUGGGCAUAGUUUCGUGUUGGACCGGGCUGGUUUUUGGCAAGAACAGACCUUUCUACCUCUGCUCAAUAUUGGCCACAUCAAAGCCAGUAAACAUCAUAAUUGGAAUCCUAAAUAACUUCUCGAUGUUCAGUGGUCCUAAUAUCAUAGCACUGAUGGCUGUCAGUCGUUGUGUGGGAGUUUUCUUACCCUUCAAGUUCAAACACAUUUUCACACCAGUAACGUCAUGCGUACUGGUUGGGAUCGUGCUGAUACAUCCACUGAUAGCUGCUCUACUCCCUUUCUUUGUGCCAAACCUAGAGUCUAACCCACACGAUUAUUCAUUUGAAAUGAUUUCUGGUCAGAUCGUUUAUAACCUAUAUGAAAUCACCCGAGAAGUACAACUCGACACCCCAAUUGCUCAUCGAAUGAAUAUAGGAUUUGUAACGUUUCCAAGACUGUUAGCGAUUGUGGUGAUGGUGGUUUCCAGUGUAGCAGUGGCAGUGAAACUUCUUCUCUACAGGGCACCAGUGCAAAUGCAGUCAAAUGCUGCUAAAAAGAACACCCAUCGCAGCACCUCAAUCACCCUUCUCAUCCUAGCAGCAGUCUUCUUCAUCAGCUACGCUCCCUUUUGCUUUGUCAUCUUAAUGGAUGUAACAGAUUCAUACGACGCUCUCGGUAUCACUAUUCCCAUAAUCUUCUACUUAGCUCCAAGCUCCUACCUUAUAGCGUAUGUUAGCAGCGCAGUAAACCCGAUGGUCUACCAACUGCGAGGCAGAUCCAUAUUCGAGAACAAAACAAAUGAAAGGAAAGGAACGGUGUACGUUAAUCACGUUUCGAGACAGGAGACUAGGAUGUCGGUGGUAGACGAGAGCAAACUUUGAAGAAGAUCAAUUUGGGAACUUCCUAGAACAAUCCAGAACUUUAGACGUUCUCAGCGGUCACUUUAGCAAACAGUUUAAGUUUUAGAUCAGAAGGGAGUAUCAUCAGACAAUAGCGAUGCCGAAACGGACUGCUCCAUGAAGCAUUGAUGAUAUAUUCCUUGCGGUUUUACAAACGA